GUCCAGCACCACCAUACCACAACCGGCUUCACCUCUCCAUCUCGUCUCGCAUCUUCCCCCUCCAUCCACCCAACCCAUUUACUGACCACCGACCGACCGACCGACCACACACGCGCGCGCGCGUUCCCCCCUCUUCCGACCAUGCAACUCCCCUCCACCCUGCUGGCCCUCCUGCCAGCGCUCGCCGCCACCGCCGCCGCGGCCGCCGCGACGACGACGACGACGACCAUCACGCUCAUCCUGCCCGCGAGCCCCAACCCCUUCUCGCUGCCGCCCAGCACACACGCCACCCUCUCCUCGCUGGGCGCGCACCACGCCGCGCCGCUGUCCACCGUCAACACCUUUGUCUUCCGCAACGUCAGCGCGGGGUCGUACCUGGUGGACGUGCACUGCCCGACGGAGGCGUUUCGGCCGCUGCGUCUCGACGUUGGGCCCGCCGCUGCCAACGCCGCCGAGAAGCGGGAGAAGAACAACAACGGGGAGGCGGAGGCGGAGGGCGAGCAGCAGAGGUUGGUCGUGCAGGCGUGGGAGACGUUUCGCGGCAACGAUUGGGGUAACAAGGGCGAGGUGAUGGCCCUGACGGAGGGCGGUGCUACUGGUGCUGGCGUGCAUGUCCGCUGGAUGGGCAAGAAGAAUUACUUUAUGGAGAGGCCCAAGUUCUCCAUCCUCAGCAUCCUCAAGAACCCCAUGAUCCUCAUGGGUCUGGUCAGCAUGCUCAUCUUCAUCGGCAUGCCGUACCUCAUGGACAACAUGGACCCCGAGAUGAAGGCCGAGUUCGAGGCCCAGCAGCGCAAGGGCGGCCUGGCCGCUCUUCUGGGCGGCGGCGGCGAUUCCGGCUCCGGAGGCGGCGAUGGCGCGCAGCAGCAGCAGCCCCAGAACCCGCUCGGCGACUUCGACAUGGCGGCCUUCCUGGCUGGCUCCAAGAAGAAGGACUCUGGCAGUGCCGGCGAGGGCGCCUCCAAGAGCCAAGGUGUCAGGAGAUGAUGGACCGGGAUCGGGACUGGGGGGAGAGGGUGCUGUAUCGGUCCACGUCGCGGUGGCAAGGGUGUAUUUGUACAGAAAUAGAUGAGAGGGUCCGUUCGGCGCAUGCGGCGCUGCGUCGACUUGUGAGG